AACUGAACGAAGCCGUGAUACAAGUUACCUUUGAGAUUCUUCUUCCCGCAGAACAUCGAAUUUCCGAGCUUCGUCUAGUGCAUGAUGGAAUGAAAGAGUAUACUGAACGUCUUGGUUUUGCAGACCUUUUUGUUGAAAGUGAAGAUAGCCCAACGGCAUCGAAUGUCGUAUUGGAACUCAAAUACAUUACAAUUACCGGCCUAUUGAGUGGAGCACGGGGAUCUUGGAUAAAUAACCCAGACGCAAAAGUUAUGAGUCAGUUGGAUAAAGAUCUGGAAAAAGAAGACAAAAAAAAAUUACUGCAACGUAAAUAUAUGUAUUUUUCGAAGGGCAAAGAUAAGAAAUUUGUGAAAAAGUCGCUCGAAGACAUUUUGAAUGAAGGAUUCAAACAAUUAGGCGGAUAUAUCAAGACGAUUAUGAAAGGGAGAGCAGUAAAUUUUGUCGAUUCUGGUGUUUCGGAUCCGAGAGUCAUAGUUGAAGAAGGAUCCUCUCGAUUACGCG